UAUCCUACCUGCGACUUUUUAGCCUCAACCCCGGACAUAUAAAUAUGGCCGGUUAGCCACAGAACACCAGUAGUGGAAGACAUCGGACUCAACUCACUCUUCAACAUGCAACUCACCACCGCCCUGCUUGUGACCGCUGGCUUCUGCACCUCGGUGUACGGCCAGGGGUACGCUGACGAGUGUAGCGACAUCUACCUCAAAGAGAACUGGCUGGUGGGAACGUGUCCCACUAGCGACGGGACUGGAACCAUCACCAGCAGUGUCUAUCUCCCUAACAAGAUCACCAACACCGACGGCACCCUUGGAUGGAAAACCGAUGGCGCGUACUCAGACUCCUGCGGUGAAUGUCAGCUCCUCGCAGGGGGCGGAUCGUUGGACUGUCUCUGCGAGGGCUCUUACGGCACGAUCAACAAGAACACCACAUUGAACCUGGAGGAGCACAUUGCCAACUAUGAUGGCCAUCUGCUCUCCAACCUGACGGGCAGCGUCACCUCCAUCCCCGCCAACUCCUCGUGGCCUGUGCCCUCGGAUUUUGAGGUGCAAUUGCAAACUGCGAGCGCCGACAACAACUGCACCACGAUUGGGGGGUAUAUCACCCUGGACGGUCCGGAGAGCUGCUACUAUCUCAACCUGGGGGUGCAAUACUACUUUUAUGCGGCGCAGACCGUCAACAACCAGGGAUGGGAGAUUGCGGCCUACCAUGACAGUACUUGCGACGGGGAGCCGGUGGGAACAUUUACCCCAGCAAACGACGAUACUUGUCUCAGUUUCCCGGAUGGUGUAACGGGAUUUGCGGUGACUCCCCUGUGGAAUGCCGACUGAGCAUGAAGGCAUGAAGAAAUGAAGACCAGAAGACAAGACACUCAGGCAUAAAGGCAUUAAGGCAUUAAGGCAUUAGCAAUUGGAAGCAAACUAUGCAAACAGCCGGAGUGGAAUUAGUCAGAGCUUAGUCAUUGGCUGCACCUUCGCUUCUCUCCUUUUCUGGACAAACGAGAAACAAACACCAUCUCUCUCUCUC